AUGGCGAACCAGGACUACUUCGCGAAGACGACGACAUAUGAGAGCACUGUGGUGAACGCAUUGAACACAGUGUACUCUCUCUACGCAAACGCUGAUCAGUAUGGUUACAACGACGAUGCCAUGUGGUGGGCGACGGCGGCAUACUACGCCUACCGCGCGUAUGGAAAUAAGGACAUGCUCAACCACGCCGUUGCGACCUGGCAGCAUGUCUCCGCUUACUCUGCAAACUCGACCCCGGUCAAGGAUUUCAGUCUCGCUGGGACGUGCGAUGGGACAACGAUGGCAGGCGGCGUCUUCUGGCGGCCCGCGACCGACGAUCAGGGCAUUAACUCGAUCACUACGGGACUUUUCCUCACGCUUUCCGCUUUUCUCGCAUCCGCAACAGAUGAUACAUCCACGUAUCUGGGCCCAGCGGUCGCCGCGGCGCAGUGGAUUGAGAAUCAGAAUAUCAACUCAGCGAGUCUCGUGCUGGAUAGCGUCGACGGGCAUGACUGCACUCGUUCGGCCGCGUCGUGGUUGUUCACGUACAACACGGGCAAGUUUGUCGAGGGCCUCGCAGUGCUGGCCGAUGUCAGCGGAGACGCACACUGGACGACGCUAAUGAUCAAUGUCGUGGCGGCAGGCACCAAGAAUGCCCCGUGGCAAGGCACCGAUGGUAUCAUCACAGAGGGCGCCGGAGACACCUCAGACAACGAUGGUGCAGGCUUCAAGGCGAUAUACAUCCGCGGGCUGAACGAGGCGUUCGUGCGCAAUCAAGACGACUGGGACUUCCAGGUCCUCAUCCACAGCUAUAUCGAUGUCCAGUAUAACGCGCUGCUUGAUCUCGCCGACAACAGCAACUCAUAUGCGAUCAACUGGCACGGUCCUGCUGCUUCGUACACAGCCUGGGGACAGCUCGCUGCACUGGAUGUUCUCGUCUCCGCGAUCUCGGCGAACACCUAG